AUGCGACACCAUGUUAAGAACGUAGUAGCGCAGACGCGCACGGCGAGAACCCUCCUGCGUCCCAUUCUGGCGUCACACCUGCCACUCCGUGUGAAAUUGUGCGUAUACAAAGCGUACAUCCGCACGCGACUCACCUACGCGGCCCCAGCGUGGUACGCGCUGACAAGCGAAACAAGCCGCAAGUCGUUGCGGGCGCAGCAGUCUCUAGCGCUUCGCACCAUCACCGGAGCCCCCCGAUACGUCAGGAACGCAGUGAUAGCAAGAGAUCUGCAUAUAGAGAGCCUCGAUGACUACGUUCGCCGCCUGAGUACCUCUAUGUUCGCGAGGGCCGACGGAGCGCCGUCCCAGCAUCUGCGGGGUAUUGCGCCAUACCAUCGGCGACCACCGGACCCAAGAGGAUUACCACGCGACCUCAUCCAGAAAUGA